AUGUCUGGGACACAGGCUUGGAGUUUUUCAAAUCAAAAAAUUAUUAAUAAUGCAUUUGUGUCUGAAGGUGGUGCCAGUGGAAUUGGUAGAGCUGUCUGUCAAGCUUUAGCCACAGAAGGAGCCGGCGUCGUUGUAACAGAUCUAAACAGUCAAGGGACUCAGGAAACAGUAGACAGCUUAUCACAACAUGCCAGCUUAAAACACAAAAACUAUUCUUUAGACGUGUCAAGUGGAGAGGAAAUACAUAAGGUGCUGGAGUAUAUUAUAAGUGGGUAUAAGAAGCCACCGUGCAUUUUAGUCAAUUGUGCUGGCAUCACUAGUGAUGAAUUCUUACUGAAAAUGGAUGAGGAAAAGUUUGAUAAGGUCAUUAAAGUCAACCUCAAGGUAAGUGGCUUUAACCAUCCAUGCAAAUGGCUUUAAAAAAAUUAACAUUUACUCUUCACUCAUUCUGUUAAAGACUGAUCUACUUGAUUUCAGUCGAUUUGCAGAACUGCUGGCUUAAAUAUCUUAGAUAUAAGCAUACUUUUAAGUACAAGAAAGCUAUAACUAAACUGGAAUGAUGCAAAGGAAAGCUCAAGAACAAGCAAGAAAAACGUGCUGCUAUGUUGGAUUCAUCUUUUUUUUUUCAGUUCUCUAGUGCCAACAUUAAUAACUACCAAAACAUUUGAGUGUGUUUUUGCAUAUGCUUGCAUCAUGCUGUUUUUAUGCUAUAUAAACCAAGAUCUCUUUUAAUAACAUCAGUCAUUAAAAUUCGGGGGCUUUCUUGCGAUUAUAUAGGUUAAAAAUGGAGCAGAAACAGGUAAAAAAUAAUGUGGAUAAGAAAGAAUGACAUUUCGGUGUCAUCUUGACACCAUUUUCAAUAUUUAUGGUGGACAGACUUAAAGUGAUGACAAAACUAACGUCAAGCAAACUGUAAAAAUAGAAUAAUAUUUGGCUCCUGUAAUAUUUUUUUAAAAAACUGACUCCUCGUGUUGUUUACAUGGCUGAUCUGCCUCUCUUUCCAGGGGACAUUUUUGAUGACUCAAGCUGUUGCAAAAGUUAUGGUUGAUCAAGGUGUUAAAAAUGGUUCUAUUGUGAAUUUGGCGAGUAUAGUAGGCAAUUUAUGUGUUGUGCUGUGCAGUGGAACCAAGCUCCAUUGUGGAAUCCCAUUGUUUUGCCUGAAAGUCAAUAGGGAGUUUAAGCAAUGAUGACAGUGACGGCAACAUGAACAUCAAAACAGCAAGGUUUAUUAACCAAAAUAACAAGUUUGCAUGUGCAUCACGCUUUUUUGUACAUUUCUUUGCUGUUGCUGCAUGACUGCGAUGGAAAAUGCCUAAUUUCACGGUUUAUCAAGGAUGUAACAAAGUCAUGACAAAUUUUUUUUUCUCUUUCUAAGCUUGAGUGUGGUCCCCAAGUAAUCAGCUCUAAGGAAAUUUGCCUACAUUAGACAUUUUCAGUGAAUUGGAAUAAACGCAAUAACGUUUGAAAAAUGCUAAUUCAUUUUAAAAGUGACGUUUUCACCGCCGUAGCCGUCGUCAUUGCUAAAACUCCCUAUUUUAUAACAGUUAAAUUCAGGCUACAUUCACACAGUACCGUUCUAAUUUUCAAUCAGUUGAAAAAUUUGACCGGACACUUUGUUCACACAAAACUGUUCAAUAUCUUUGCACUGUUCAGUACAUUUAACAAGACUUGUAAAUCCAUGUUUGCAAUACGUAUUUGUCGCAGGAUGGAAAGACAGUGACUUUACAGCUAUGUGGAUUAACAGCUUUUUCUAGUAAAAAUUUACCACAAUCUCUCUAAAUGAUCAACAUAAUGAUCCUUACAAUUGCUUAGGUAGACUUCAGUUCUGUCUUUUGGAUGCUUUCCAUAUGAUCAUUGCCAUAUUGCUAAGUUCAGACUGCUGGCCUUUUUUCUGCAACCAUAACAAAAAAAAGCUACAUGGUGUCCUAAUCAACUGAAAUAAUCCAGGUAAGUAGGCAAAAUGCUGUCAUGCAAGGUGACUUUUGAGCAAAAUGACCACAAUUCCACCGUGAGUAACCCAAAACUCCAGUCCUCAACUUAUCACACAACUGCAUCAACAUGAUCAUGUCUUUAAAACCAUUCUUCCUUUACAAUACCAGGUUGGAAAUCUUGGUCAGGUUAACUAUGCUGCUUCUAAAGCUGGUGUCGAGGGACUCACUAGGUCAUGUGCCAAAGAACUUGCUAAGUAUGUGUCUCAUAGUUCAUAUUGAUUUUGGGUGGGUAGCAGGAAAGUUGCAGAAAGGAGAGUAUUUGUAUGUUUUGCUUUCUACACUGCACCAGCCUGUAGUACCCUNGUAUUUGUCGCAGGAUGGAAAGACAGUGACUUUACAGCUAUGUGGAUUAACAGCUUUUUCUAGUAAAAAUUUACCACAAUCUCUCUAAAUGAUCAACAUAAUGAUCCUUACAAUUGCUUAGGUAGACUUCAGUUCUGUCUUUUGGAUGCUUUCCAUAUGAUCAUUGCCAUAUUGCUAAGUUCAGACUGCUGGCCUUUUUUCUGCAACCAUAACAAAAAAAAGCUACAUGGUGUCCUAAUCAACUGAAAUAAUCCAGGUAAGUAGGCAAAAUGCUGUCAUGCAAGGUGACUUUUGAGCAAAAUGACCACAAUUCCACCGUGAGUAACCCAAAACUCCAGUCCUCAACUUAUCACACAACUGCAUCAACAUGAUCAUGUCUUUAAAACCAUUCUUCCUUUACAAUACCAGGUUGGAAAUCUUGGUCAGGUUAACUAUGCUGCUUCUAAAGCUGGUGUCGAGGGACUCACUAGGUCAUGUGCCAAAGAACUUGCUAAGUAUGUGUCUCAUAGUUCAUAUUGAUUUUGGGUGGGUAGCAGGACAGUUGCAGAAAGGAGAGUAUUUUGUAUGUUAAGCUUUCUACACUGUACCAGCCUGUAGUACCCUGAGUUUUAAUUAUUUGCUAGCAUUGAAUUUUGCCAAUUAAUGGUUUUUAACUUUGCGGUUUAGGUUCCCAGGGUCAUUUGGUCUUCUAAGUAUUUUCUUCUUGGGAAUGUGGGUGUAUUCCCCUAACUAGCCAUGAAGAUUAAUCUAGCUUGACCAGAAUGUGAAUUCCACAAUAAGUCAGUGGCAUAAAUUAAUAGUUUGCUGUGAAAUUCAGGGAACCAUGAACACCUGAAAUUAUUUCUGGACUGUUUUUGUGUUGCAAGGAAAACCCAAUCAGGCAUGAGAAAACUUUAGCUGCAAGUAGAAACGGUAAUUCGUGUGUGGUUUUGUGGCCUGUUUGCAUCUCCUGAUCAUAUUGUGAUUGGUUACAGUACAAUAAACAUUCCUGCAAAAUUUCAAGACUAGUGUUCUCUGUUCUCUGAGUUUGACAGUAAGUGUUACUUAAGUGUAUUAAAGACAAAAUAAUACUAUUUUUGUUUUUCAAUGAAGUGCUGUUAUCAACUGAUGUAAUUUUAACAAAUUGCUAACAGUUUACACUGCCUUUGCUUUGUGUGUGUCUCAGGUUUGGCGUUAGAUGUAAUGCCGUUCUACCUGGUUUCAUUGAAACUCCGAUGACUGAAGCUGUCCCUGAAAAAGUCAUAGAAAAGGUGUGCCACCAUUGGUUCAGUUUAACAUUUUCACUCCCAAAAGUGAUCAUAUUUAAAAUUCAACAAAAUUUCCAAAUUUUAAUUUGUUUAAUGUUGAAAUAUAAAGCAAAUAGUACCACACGAAAUUACUGCCAAAGAAAUUACUGCCAUGUGAAAGUACUGCUGAAGAGGUUUCAUUUGAAUGGUAACACCAUAGGAUUUGGUCCAAAGAAUCAAAAGUUAGAAUUACAUGCUAAAUAAAUAGUACCAUGUGAAAGUACUGCUUAAGAGGAAUCAUUUGAAUGGUAACACCAUAGGAUUUCAUUCACAAACUCAAAAGUGAGAGACACCUUACAAGAUUUCAUUGUUCAUUCUGGUUGAAAAGGGUUCAGUCCCAUGCGUCUCUAGCGACAAAAGUAGUUAAGGUGAUUCCCUGGUUUUGCACUGCGCAUCUCUUACUGCGCAUAACAAGAUGGCCUCCGUAAAAAAGAGCAUGUGACUAACAUUAUUAAAAUGAAGUUGACUGAAGAGAAAUGUUAUUGCAAUUUUUGCUUGCGGUUGUUUCUUGCCUAGGUGAGACUCAACCUGAUGGGAAUGUGCAUAACGUAAGCAGUACGCGUGUUGCUGAGUUUGACGUCCUCACGGAGAACCUCGAUAGUGGAUGUUUAAUUUGUGCUUACUCACUUUGAUUUUCAUUUAAACGCUUUCUUUAUCACAUUGUGUCCUACAUGUGAUAUCUCGAUGAAAAUUAUGUAAAAACGGAUUUUUUAAUACUUUCUCCCCCCUUUCACAUACAUUUUCUUUUGAAACUCGCCCCAGUCCUCUCUCAAAAAUUGGAGAAAAUGCAUUUGGUGCGCACUUUCUGCAGCUCUACUGCAAAAACUAGUACGGUGACCCCCAUUUUUUAUUUCAUGAUUUUAAUAAGGGCAGUGCUUCCUUUCAAUGAGCAAAAAAUUGGCACAAAUCUAUGUUAAGUUUUUUGGCAAUUUUACUAAAUUGUACGAAUUAAGCUAUCAAGGGUCGAAUAGCGCGUGUCCAAUUUAAUUCUAGUUUGGAGCGUAAAGAAAAAUCAAGGGCAUUAAAAGGCCUUUUUUUGGUAGGUAAGUGGAUAAACAAUAUAUUAAAGUCAAAUUCUGUGCGAUACCAUAUGCAUCAUUGAAAAAAUCUCUCCUUUUUGUCUAGUUUUGGGCUGCACGCGGUUUUUGUCAAAGGGUCCAAAAUAGCCGUAUUUGUCAGCAUUGUGACGUCAAAACGAGCACGGUGGCCCCCACUUUUUAUUACGUUUUUAUCAUCUUCUUGACUUGUUACAUCAGUGUACCAAGUUUCAUCUACAAUCUAUGUUAGGUUCUUUUACUAAGGAAUCACCUUAACCAAAAAUUUUGAUAUUACAAAAUGAUUCCUGAUGUAUUCUAUUUCAUUUUUCUAGUUAAAGAAACAAGUUCCUAUGCUCAGACUUGGCCAACCAUCAGGUUAGAAGGAUCAAUUGAGGUUUCUGGGAAACUGCCCACCUACCCCUCCCCUAAGCCAUCAUUUUGCCCAAAGUGAGAAGUAAGUGUUAAUGAACUAACUUAGGGGAGGAGUAGAUGGGCAGUUUCCCAGAAACCUACUGUUGGCCAGAACCUCUUUAGAACCUCUAAUUUGAUAGGUUCUUGUUGGCUCGAAGCUCUAUUGUUUCACAGUUGGGGUUCAUUGUUAGUUUUGUUUGGGUUAGGACUAUCUGUUGUUUUCUAAACCAAUCCUGUGAGCCGUUCUUAGAGCCUCCGGCCCACCCAAAACCUAAAUUGAUCCGGUUACAACAAUGAACCUUUGAUUUAAAGAGUUUGUGAUGUGUGAGUUCCUCUCCGCUUCCACAUGUUUUACUUUACAGACCGUAAAAGGCCAUGCACAUAUAUAGAUUUAGCCAGUGCUAAAAGCGAAGCUCCUUUUAAUAUUUAUAGUUUACCCUAAGAAAAUAUAAAAUCUGGUUAUACUAAGGAGUCGGUAAAGACAACGUGAUAGGUAAAAAACAACAUCAAUAGGUCUGAUUAGAAAAAAAACAGCUUUGCACGUGCAGCACACUUUUUUUGUACAUUUCCUUGCUGUUGUUUUGCACGACUAAAACGUGAAACUUCCAGAAACUUCCUAGUUACACGUUUUAUGUUUGUGUUCCUGUUCACUUUGGUUUUUCACUGCCGCUCAUUUUCGCCUUGGUAGCCUCUAGCAUGUCUCAUUUUCUCACCACUGCUAUAAAAUUUUCAAGUUUUAUUUUCCAACGAAAUUGGUCUCCGUUGUUUUUUUAUUUCUCGUUCUAGUGCUGCUCUAGUUCUUUCCCUGUUAUCCACGUUAAUGUAGACAUUAAAAUUUAGUCCUAAGAAAGACUUGGCUUUUUCUAAAAGUCUGGGCGGCCAUGCGAUUUGUAUAGGUAAUAGCAUGAUUAGUAGUGACAUUUGGCAUAAAUACCACGAGUGAUAUUUCAAAAUCGUUAUACGUAAUUUCACGAGCCGUUAGGCGAUUGAAAUUUGAGACAAUUUUGAGAUAUCACGAGUGGUAUUUAUGCCAAAUAUCACGUACAAAUCAUGCUAUUAUUUGUUUAUACUACUACCCGCAAAAGGUUGUAAUUUUCACAUGUAGGUAUUUCAAAUUAAGCUGAAAUACCACUGCUCUAAGCCAAUCAAAUUGCAGAAAUUUCUCAUGUAGUAGUAUAAACCGCCGAAACGCGCGGGGUGCUUGAAUUGUAAAAUUUCACCUCAGCUUACAUGAACGGGCGGACGUACGGUCGGAGAGACGGACGAUUACGUCAUAACCAAAAUUUCUUGCAUGCAUAGAUAACCAAAUUUUCUUACCCAUGGUGCUCCGCCGCGCUCUUCGCGCGCGAGAGAGCUCCGCUAGGAUGGCUUAUCAUCUGUCCUUGUAGUACUGAAAUGACACUUAACCUCUCAUCUUAUUUGACAACUUUCUGUUAGCAACAGUUUUUGUUACCACUAAAUUCAACCCGGGGCACCUCUGUAAAUUUUGAUUGUACACUCAGGUUUUUGCAGCCUGCGCCACAGAUGAAACUCUGUGAAACAGAGCCGAAAUCCUUGUCCUGUGUAGGAUUUGAGUACGCGUUCUUUUUGCGUUCUACCUUUACCCUCUGUUGCUUCAGGGAGAGAUACAGAUGAUAUGCUUUCAUAAACGUUGAUGAAACAGGUCAAAAAGGACUUACCUUCCUGUUUUUCUGUUUCUUUUGUUUUUGUUGGUCUAAGGAAUUCGUCAGCGAAAAAAAUUCAUCACGUAGCUGAUGUGGUUACCUUCCUUGCAUCUGACAGAAGCAGUUAUAUCACGGGCGCAAGCAUUGAAGUUACAGGUACGGUUUAUAUG